CACAUCUCUAAUGAAGUAAACAAGCCAGACAUCGCGGAAUAGCUCGAAAAUAUGUCUCAGACUCGAGUUGCAAUGGACGAUGACUUACUCCAGGCGGAAGUGUGCAACGUUUCGGACGACGAGGUUAAGCAAGAAGUAAUUCUGGUGAAGAGCGAACCAAUUCAAGAAGAGGUGUUCUAUAUUUCCGAAUUAGAACCAGCCUAUGAUGACCAAGUGAAGGUUGAGGCAACAGAAACCGUUGUAGAAGGAGAUAGAUAUGAUGAUGGAGAUGAACUACAAUCGGAUAAUGACUAUAACGAUAAUUACGAGCCAACCGGCAACGAUAAACAGUGCCCUUAUUGUGCUAAGAUUUUUCCAAAGAAAUCUUGCCUAAGCCGACAUUUGCGAACCCAUACAGGCGAGCGACCGUUCAAAUGCACCUACUGCCCAAAGGCAUUUUCACAGAACUUUAAACUCAAGACACACUUGCGAAUCCACACUGGUGAACGACCGUUCGAGUGCACCUUCUGCCCGAAGGCUUUUAUCCUGAAAGUAACUCUCCAGAGACAUAUGCGAAGCCACAGAAGGAAAGGAGAAGUCGACCCACCGGUCGAUACCAAAAUGUCAAAGACCGAAGCGCUGGCCGUUUUGGUCGAGGGUCGACUUUCUCGAUUCCAAUACCAAGUGGUUAGGAAUUCUGCUCCCGACAGGUUCCCAUCAUACAAUGCCAUCCAAUCGGCGAAAAAAGAGUGUUAUCCACCUGCAGACAGUAUUGUUGUAGGUGAGACAUUUUCACAAAUUUCUCUUCAAGCUCUGCUCGAUCACACUGCUAUGCGUAUAGUUCAUUUAGAAGGCAAGAAUAUCGACACUUUGAGCCCGAGCCUGAUGAAAAAAGUGUGUCUUUUUACAAAGUGGGGAUUUAAUGGAAGCACCGAUCACAGUUCAGAAGCCAGCGAUUCGUCUGUAUUUAUCACUUCUAUUGUGCCCAUUAAAAUGACAUGCGAAAACCGCGUUAUAUGGAAAAAUCCUUGCCCUGGCUCAGCACGGUUUUGUAGACCUUUAAGAAUUGAAUUUACAAAGGAAAAUUCCAGUGUUGCGCCAAAGGAAAGUAACCGAGUAGCGGAAGAAAUUCGUGAGCUAACUAAGACUGUUGUUCAGAUUUUAGGUGAUGUGGUUGAAGUAAGCCAUCAACUGAUGCUCUUAAUGAUUGACGGGAGAGUUUGCAAUGCGUUGACCGAAACAACUUCGCCACGAACCUGUUACAUAUGCGGAUCAAAUAGCAAGCAAUUCAAUAAUAUUGUUAAAAUGUUGAAACGACCUGUGAGCACCAACAAUUUGCGGUUCGGACUUUCAACCUUACAUUUGUGGAUACGGUUUUUUGAAUGUCUCUUGCAAGUGGCCUAUAAAUUGCCCAUUCAAAAAUGGCAAGUUAAAUCGGCCGAGGACAAAGAUAUUGUUAAUAAAAACAAAAAACGUAUUCAAAAUGAAUUUAAGGAAAAAUUAGGAUUAUUAGUUGAUGAUCCGAAGCCUGGAUUUGUUAGUACUAGUGAUGGCAAUACUUCCAGAAAAUUUUUUCAAAGCCCUGAGUUGUCAGCAGAAAUCACGCAUUUAGAUAUUGACCUGAUUAAAAGAAUGCACACUGUGUUGAUCGUCGUUGAUCAGGAUAUAGAUGAGGAAAAAUUCGGACAAUAUGCGUUGGAAACUGCUAGCAAUUUUGUUACUCUAUAUCCGUGGUAUUAUAUGCCACUGACUCUGCACAAAGUGCUCAUUCAUGGAACAGAAGUAAUUAACAAUGCAUUGCUACCAAUUGGACAACUAACUGAGGAAGCCCAGGAAGCACGAAAUAUGGAUGUUUUUAAUAGGUUGCUCAUGAGUUCAGAUCCUUUACUCUCAAGCUUUUGUAGGAAAGCUCAAAAACAAAUUCGUCAAGUGCCGAAAUCGGCUUUAAAAUUGUUAAAAGAAACUCCAAAGGCUGAGGACAGUGAAAAUGCAAUUGACUUUUCCGGAAGUAGUGAUGAAGAUGAUAUUGAUGAAUAAUAUGUGUGCUUUAUAUUUUUAUUAAUUUCUUUACUUUGACAUAGUCUUAACAAUUUAAUAAAAAUA